UCGACCACAUGUAUGGUGCUGGUUGCAACUGCAUUUGGGUGCUAUUUAUUCCCGAGUGACGUGCCGGACCCCUGCCGAGGUGUGACUUGUGGCCCCGGCGAGCUGUGUCGGCCGACAGCGGACGGGAAGGGUCAAAACUGUGAGUGCCCUUCCUCCUGCCCCAGUUAUGGGGACCACGAAGGCUCGAGAGCACUUUGCGCCAGCGAUGCUAAAGACUACCCUGGCAUUUGUGAGAUGCGACGCGCUGCCUGCGAAACAAACAAUAAUAUAACUUUUAAGUACUAUGGUAAAUGUGACCCUUGUGCGGGCGUGACCUGUCCCGACCCAGAAGUGUGUCAACUAGAUGAGCAGCGUGAACCGUCUUGCCGUUGCGCUGAAUCGUGCCCACUGGAGUUUUCACCAGUUUGCGCUUCUGAUGGAAAGACGUACUCAAAUGAAUGCCAGAUGCACAGGGAGUCCUGCCGCGCUAGGAAACAGUUAAAAAUAAUUUUCAAGGGACAAUGCAGCUCAGGUGUUAACCCAUGUGCGGAAGUGGAGUGUCGUCAUGGAGCGGAGUGUAGGGUAGAAGGCAGUGGUGCGGUAUGCGCAUGCCCACCGCCUUGCGAACCUGUGCUUCGUCCAGUAUGUGGGUCUGACGCUCGCACGCACGACAGCGAGUGCGAAUUGAAACGAGCCGGUUGCUUACUGGGUAGAGAACUGAACGUUGUACACGCAGGCGCGUGUGGUUCGAACGGCGUGUGCGCCGGUCGCGUUUGCCCUCACGGUGGAGAGUGCGUUUCGUCAGGUGGUAGAGGUGUUUGCCGUUGCCCGCGGUGCUCAAAUGAAUUUGCUCCUGUCUGUGGCUCGGACGGCAUCUCGUAUGGAAACCGAUGCAAGCUUCAACUGGAAGCAUGUCGCCACCGCAGACAUGUGCAAGUGCUGUACGAUGGACCGUGCAAUGGCUGCGAAAAUAAAAAGUGCGAAUUUUACGCAGUUUGCGAGAGCGAUGGAGUUUCAGAAGCAAGUUGCGUUUGCCCUAAACAUUGUGAAGAAGGAACUGAAACUGAAGAAAUUUGCGGCAAUGAUAAUAAAACCUAUAGCAGCGUCUGUGCUCUCCGCGAUGUAGCUUGCCGAGAGAAAACAGGUCUUCACGUCAAACACAUGGGUUCUUGUGAAUCAUGCGGCGGCAUCCAAUGCCCCAGCGGUAUGUGGUGCUCCCGAGGCAAAUGCGCAUGCGCCGCGACUUGCGCAGACGCACCAAAGGAGCCCGUGUGUGCUGACAAUCGUCGCACCUUUCCCAAUGAGUGCUCUCUCCAGAGAGCAGCCUGCGAAGCGCGCAUGCGUGGGGAGACAGCCCCACAAGUUUCGUAUUUUGGGGAAUGCACUGGAAUACAUGAUAAUAAUGAUACCGCUGGUUUAAACAAAUCUGCCAAAAUACUGGACCAAGGCAAUGAUAUUCGCACACUAGAUGAUGUCGAAGGUUCAACUGAGCCCACAACUGGGACCGCCGUUUGCGCUCGUGUACAAUGUGCAUACGAAGCCACCUGUGCUGUUGACGGAAAUGGUCAACCCAGGUGCGCAUGUCUGUUCGACUGUGCAGCGGCCGCCGCGGCCGCGUCUGCACCUGUUUGUGCAUCUGACUUAAGAAUGUACCCCACACUAUGCCAUAUGAAAUUGGAGGCUUGUCGACGGCAAGAAGAUUUGAGACUUCGGCCUUUGGCGUUGUGCCGAGGUUUGGAGUUUCGGCCUUGUGGAGAUGACGAACCCCUAACUGACGCAGGAGGUCGUCCAAUGGAUUGCGGCGGCGGCCCUCAUCGCAAGGAUUGUCCAGCUGGGAGUUAUUGCCAUCAUACUGCCAAAGCUGCACGGUGCUGUAGAAAAGAUAAAACUGUUAUAGAAAAGAAAGAUUGUCAAGAGUCAUGGUAUGGGUGCUGCGCUGACGGUGUCACAUCGGCUCGUGGCCCAGGGGGAUCUGGGUGCCCUUCGCAAUGCGGAUGUCACAGACUGGGUUCAGUGUCAGAGCAGUGUGACGAUAGUGGGCAGUGUCAGUGUCGGCCUGGGGUGGGGGGGCAGAAGUGCGACCGAUGUGAGCCUGGAUACUGGGGCUUGCCUAGGAUUGGCACGGGUCACACUGGAUGUAUACCUUGCGGUUGUUCGGCUUUUGGAUCGGUGCGGGAAGAUUGCGAGCAAAUGACCGGUCGUUGCGUCUGCAAGUCUGGAAUUCAAGGACAGAAGUGUACCAUCUGCUCCAAUCACGAACACACCCUCGGUCCCAAUGGAUGUUUCGACCCGGAAUCAACGCAACUUCCGGCAACUGACUGCGAACACAUGACGUGUUAUUUCGGAGCAUAUUGUGUCAUUCGCAGUGGGCUAGCAACUUGUGAAUGUGGUGCUCCAGAAUGUGCAGCGAACGAAACGCCCUCCGUAUGUGGCAGUGAUGGUCGGACCUACCUAUCGGCUUGCCAUCUACGAUCACAUGCUUGUAGGAGCCAAUCUGACAUCGUGGUCCAGGCAUUUGGACCCUGCGUUGGUGACACUCCGACUGUCAGGCGAGAAAGAGUACAUAAAACUUCGAAGAAAAUUGAAGGGGGAAGCGGUUGUAAUAAAAACAUUCCAAAGCAUGUUGAUAUUGAAAAUGAAACUGAGGAGGAACAAUACAUAACAAAUGAGGUCGAGGAAAAUUAUCCAAUAUAUGAGGAAUACGUUGAGGAAAAUGAAAAUGAAGUAUACGAGACGCCAUUGUUCGAUGGGCAGGCUCGAAUCAUUGCUCGCGCUAUGUUGCCCUCUAAACGAUUCGAUAUUUGGGCGGAAGUGUCCGCCGUUUGUGGAAAGGGUGCUUUAAUAAGUGCCUCAGGUGUAAGAGAUUAUUUAUGGCUUGGUUUUGUAGACGAUAGGGCCGCAUUGCGGUGGGACGCUGGAAACGGGCCGUUAGACUUGCGUUCGGGGAAGCUAAAACUUGAUGUCAAGUCCAAAAUAUCUGCACGGAGGUAUAAGAAGGAUGCAAUGCUCAAAUUAGGUUCCACUACAGUAAGAGGAUCGACGCAUGGACGGAUGAGUUCCCUCGACGUAGAUCCAUACAUUUACGUCGGUCAUCCACCUGAAAAUGUCACAAAAUUAUCGGGCACUCACGCACUUCACGGAUUUGUGGGGUGCGUGCAUCGAUUGCGCGUCAGUGGGCGUGACGUCAUACCUCCCUCUCGCGGCCUGUCUAUCACCGCUCAUGGGGUACGGCCUUGCACUCCGUACAACCUUGCUCAGAUUGUGUGCCCUUGAGAGAAAUCGUUUUCAAAGUUCGUUCACAUUGGAACAAUAUGAUAGGGGGUGUCUUUUUAUGAAGCAGGGAAAUGAUAAAAUCAGGAAUUUUAAUCAACCAUUAUCACAAAUUCUGAUAAGGCGUAUAUCGAUUCGAUUACUUCUUGCUUGUUCAGAUGCUAUCAUUGUAAUUAAUGUU